ACAUGUAAAAUUUUGAAACGGGAAUACUUGAACGCAUUUUCCGCCAGCGACGCAAGUCAACGGAGCGAGCGAGUCUGAUCUGAUGGGCAUGAAAUCGUAUUUUUGUGCGUGAAUUUCGCAGUUUCCAGACCCGAAUGUGCAGAGAACAUGGGCAUGUAGGCGCAUCGUAAUCAAAACGCCUCAGCUUCGUCGAAUCGCACGAACAGAGGAUGACGGUGAGUGUGACGCAGAACCUCCGGGCCUUUGCCCUGAGCCACCCGCCGCUCCUGGUGUUCACCAGCUGCCUGGUGGCAUUUGGUGUCACCAUGGUGGCCUUAGCCUACAUCAUUGGUGGCACGGACCUGCCCAAUCCUGACAUUGACCUGGACUGGAACGUGUUCCUCACCCGCCUGUCUGAGCUGCACUACUGCGUGGGACCCCGCAGCCCGGACGGAGGGGGAGGACCCGACGAGCGCCCCCUCAGUCUCGUCAACCGGGCUGCCAGCGUGGGUCCGCCGCCCCUGCCCCCCGCCCCCAACUCGACGGCAGACGUGCCCCGGGUGAAGGCGGUGGACCGGUCCAAGAGCCUGAGCGCCCUGCUGCCAGACCUGGGUGCCUCGGAGCUGGCCGAGGAGGGCCCCAACGUCACCGUGGCCGUGGCCGUGUCCGCCACCUUCUUCCGGGAGGCCCUUGGGGCGCCCGUGCUCUGGCACGGCCGUGCAAAGGGCUACAUGCUCGGACUCUCAGGCAAGCGUGCCAAGGAGCAGCUGCUGAUGACGCUACUUCUGUGGCCCCGGUCAUCCAACGGGUCUUCGUCGGAGCAAUUCUGUACGGGCAAGCACUGCCGUGUGGUGGCAGACACCUGCCUCAUCCUGCAGGGGCCUUCCAACCUGCUGCCCAAGACCAAGCGUCCCCCCAGGUGCUUCCUGGAGGCGGUGCCCCCCACGACGAGUCGCCAAGUGUUCCUGCAGCGCUCGGCGGCCGACACGGGGGGCCGAGUGAACUGCAGCGGCGGCAUCUGGACCACCUUCCUCUACAAGCCGGACCCAGACCUCACCGUCAUGCUCUCCUACGGAGACCGGUCCCUAGUCAACCUGCACCUUAUCCACACGAGCUACUUCCUCUUCUUCAUGGUAAUGACCCUGGCCUGCUACGCCGUGGUCAGGGGACGUUUCCUCAAGGUCAAGAUGGACAAGGUUCUGGAUGCUUGAACCACAAGGUCACGCCGGAUGAUACGAUGUAAGCACAAUUUGGGAAGGACAGAAGCCACGACAAUAUACAGCUGGGUUUGAUGUCUGGUGUGCUGGACCCUCCGCUUCCCACCUGUCGACGCACGAAGGCUUGUGGCUCCACAAAGAGACCUGGGCUAGGUUGUUUUUGUUUUAAGCCAGGCACUGGAAAGGCAGGAAUGCCACUGGGGUGGCCGUUGUAAAUACGCUGCUCACAGCACCACCUUGUUUUGCCCUCCUUGGGAUUGUACAUACAUUUUUAUCAACUUGUUCAAGAAUCCACACUUUUUUUCUUUAAUAAAUAAAACAAAUUGUGUUCACUGUUGCAA